AUGCAGCAGGAAAAAAAGGCGAAGACAAAGGAUGAAAAGGUUGACCUGCAGAAAAACAUAAUACAGGAGAAGGAGCAGGACAAGGAGCAGGACAAGGAGCAGGACAAGGGGCAGGACAAGGGGCAGGACAAGGGGCGGGACAACACGCAAGGCAACACGCAGGACAACACGAAGCACGACACGAAGGAUGGUGGAGCAAACAGUACCGGCGCCAGCAGCAGCAAAGAGCAUGCUGAUGGACCUCAGCUGCAGCAGUCUAAUCAGCAGGUGAAAGAAUCGAAGCAUGAAAGAAAGAAAAGACUGCAUGCAAGAAAUAUGCGGUUCUAUAGAUCCUUGAGCAGUCCAAAUUGCCCGAAAGAGAUUGCAAAGCUUGCGCUCAAGGCAAAAGAGAAUUCGGGUCAAAGAAGCUACUUAUUUGAACACUGGUUGUUGGCGAAUGGCUGCUGGGCAAAGUCGCGACUUUUGGUCAAGUUGAGAUCAAAAAGUUCUAGCCGCAAAAAAGGCCUCAGGAGGUGGUACACAAAGCAGGAGCUCAUCGAGCGCUAUGGAGAGUCUGUGGCCUUGGCCAUCAUCGAGGCCAAGAUGACAGAUGACGAGAAGCGUUUGACAGAGGAUAUGAAGCAAUACAAAUGCCUCUGCGAUGAGACGGAAGAGGACGUAGAUGAGGAAGAGCUCGAGAACGUCUUUGAGUGCGAGGUGUCAGACAGUUCUACGGAGUCGGAUGAUGGCAAUGAUGAGAGUGAUGCUACGUCCAAAAAAAGAAAGUCCAGCAAGCAGAACAAGAAGAAGAAAAAGUCCCCCAAAAAGGCCAAAGGUAAGAAAGAGAAGAAGACAAAGGGUGGAAAAGAG